AUGGUCUCUUGCGCGGAGGCACAGGACGAACUGGGCGUACACAUCGUGGGAUUUUGUGUUCGGCAGGGAGAGAGCCUCAGAUUUCUGCUGCACGCUCACACCACCCGCAGAGGAGGUGCUGGUGGCAACAAAAUGAGGGUGACCCUCGGUCUUCCCGUUGGCGCCCUGAUCAACUGCUGCGACAACAGCGGUGCGAAGAACCUCUACAUCAUUGCCGUCAAGGGCUGGGGAAGCUGCCUCAACCGUCUGCCCGCGUGCUCGUUGGGCGAUCUGGUUCUGGCGACCGUGAAGAAGGGAAAGCCCGACCUGAGAAAGAAGGUCCACAUGGCGAUCAUCGUGCGUCAGAGGAGAGCCUGGCGCCGCGCAGAGGGCUACUUCAUCUACUUCGAGGACAACGCCGGCGUCGUCGCCAACAACAAGGGAGAAAUGAAGGGUUCCGCCGUCACCGGCCCCGUCGGCAAGGAGUGCGCUGAGCUCUGGCCCAAGAUCUCUGCUGCAGCCACUGCCAUUUGCUAA